CCAUAUUGUGAGGAUAUUAUACUGAUCGUAUCUGCCAAUUUUUCAGAAACCGAAGAAGAUGAUGUUGUGAAUGGACUAGCAUUGAAUAUAAACCAGCAUGAGAAAGAUCAGGAGUCCAGCAAAAUCUGUACUGGAAAAGGAGCUGUGACUCUUUGGGCAUCUGCAGCUUCUGAGAAGAGUCUCGGGGUUAGCCAUCCAAAGUCUACACAAGACAUCCAACACACCAAAACUCAUUCAACUGAACAGAAAGGAGAAACCAACACAGAUGGUUGGAGAGGACUGUCUGGCGUUGACUCAAAUAGGGAGAUUCUGUCUGUGAAGGAUUACUGGAGCGUGAGACCAAACUUCUUUGAGAUCAAGCCACAAGUAAGUAGCUAACUG